CGUGCUGUAGCGUAGCAACGCUGGAGCUUGGCUGAGGUGCUAGAACCUCAGUUCUUGUUAGACUUCGCGAGGGGUGGUAUCGUUGCUAUUGUGUGUAGCUCGCUAUUUUUCAGUAGCGGCGGCGGCCUGAAAAUAAGGAGAGUUCGAACAGAAGACGGUCGCGGUCAGGAGUGUACUGUCAAAAUAUUAUGGACGAUCAGAGCAGAAUGAUGCACCCUGUGACUUCUCAAGUCGGAAUGAUGCCCCAGCCUUAUGGCAUGCAACCUGUGGAUCCAAAUCACGGUGGACCAACAACGCCAGACCAAGAAACUAGGAAACAAGAUAUUGGCGAAAUUUUGCAGCAGAUAAUGAAUAUCACGGACCAGUCGUUGGACGAAGCGCAGGCCAGGAAACACACACUUAACUGUCACCGUAUGAAGCCAGCUCUCUUCAGUGUUUUGUGCGAAAUAAAGGAAAAAACAGUGCUGAGCCUGCGGAACACGCAGGAGGAAGAGCCGCCGGACCCGCAGCUGAUGCGGCUGGACAACAUGCUGAUCGCAGAGGGCGUGGCCGGCCCCGAGAAGGGCGGCGGUGCCGGGGCGGCGGCUAGCGCGUCGGCGGCGGCGUCGGGCGGGCCCGGCCAGCCGGACAACGCCAUCGAGCACUCCGACUACCGCGCCAAGCUCGCGCAGAUCCGCCAGAUCUACCACCAGGAGCUCGAGAAGUACGAGCAGGCGUGUAACGAGUUCACGACGCACGUGAUGAAUCUCCUGAGGGAGCAGUCGCGCACACGGCCCAUCACGCCCAAGGAGAUCGAGCGCAUGGUGCAGAUCAUCCACAAGAAGUUCUCUUCCAUCCAAAUGCAGCUCAAGCAGAGCACCUGCGAGGCCGUCAUGAUCUUGCGCUCCAGGUUCCUCGACGCCAGGAGGAAGAGAAGAAACUUUAGCAAACAGGCUUCUGAAAUCCUGAAUGAGUAUUUUUAUUCACACUUAAGCAAUCCUUACCCAUCUGAAGAGGCAAAGGAAGAGCUUGCAAGGAAAUGUGGAAUAACAGUUUCACAGGUAUCCAACUGGUUUGGAAACAAGAGAAUUCGCUACAAGAAAAACAUUGGAAAAGCACAAGAGGAAGCCAACUUAUAUGCAGCGAAGAAAGCUGCUGGUGCCUCUCCAUAUACCAUGGGUCCAGCACCUCAAGGGACGCCGACUCCAAUGAUGUCCCCUGCUCCCCCUGGCGGCCCCCAAGACAGCAUGGGGUAUAAUAUGAAUAUGAAUGGUGGAGAUUACAAUUCCUCAAUGUCAGGUUCACAGCCACCUUAUGCAGAUGGAGGAAUGGGCUAUGAUCCAAUGCACCAGGGUGGCCACGUCACCCCCAAGUCCGGCUCGCCUGUGCGACCUGGCUCUGUAGGGUGGAGUGGGCCUCCGCCUAGGGAGCAGAUUCCAGACUUCCCUCCUGUGCAGCCACUGCAUCCUGAUGACGAUGAAAGCGGUGACAGCAGUGACGGCACUGGUUCUGUGAAGAGGCAGAAACUCUAGGGCUAUCAUCCCUUCAAUGCAACUCAGACAACGAAACUGCAUCCCAGCUUCAUAUAUACUUACUUGCCAUUUGUUGAUUAGUUUGUGGAAGGACCUCAGUAUGAAUACUGAGUAGUGGACUAGCAGACGUUUAGUAGCUGUCAGAAACAAAAAUGAAUUUUUUUUUUUAAAAAAAAGAGGAUGUGAAAUUAAGGGCUGGAGCUGCAGUGGAUCCUUAAAGGCCUAAGCACAAUGAAUGUACUUGUGGCUUUAAUACAUUUAAUAUUCUUAAUUGUAUCUUAAUAGUCUUCAGCCUCAGCUUAGUAGAUAGACCAUCGAUUAAAUUUUAAGAGUACAUUACUGCACAGCAGUCCAGUGCAAAUGGCUCACACUUAAUUAAUAUCAAAUGGCAUGCCAAACUAAGUGCAUUAGAGGUCUUAAUUUUUAUGGUUUAGCAAAGUAAUGUAAUUUUAUAUUUACUGUUGCAGAGACAGUUGCUGUAUUCAUUUCAGGUUAUUAUACCAUUGUUGGCUGCUGUUGGUAGAAGUAAUUAAACUUUUGUUGUUGUUGUUGUUGUUUUUCCUUUUUAUCAGACAAGAGAUACAUUAAUAAUUGAUGUAGGACUCUCUCAGUAUUCGACAGUCGGUAUUGUAUGUACUAAUAAAUAUUUCACUGGUUGUUAGAUUAGAAGAGGAGAGCUUCCACUUACUGUAGUGGCAUGCAAACAAUACUUGGCUCUCAAGGCAUGGGACAGAACAAUUUUAGCACGAAAUGAAAGUUGGUAUUGUCAUUUUAUUUAUGUUUUUAAAUUUAUUUUUUUAAAUGUAUGUCUAAGGCCUGAAGGAUACAAAUUGAAAGACAACCAAAUGUGCUAAAUGUGCAUUAAGUAGAAGUGAAAAAAGGUAAAUAAAGAUAAGUCAUUCAUUUAAGAAAGGGUUUACAUCUUGAUUUUUGAAAGAUGUAGGAGCUUUUGCAAAUGGCAGCUGCAGCAAUCUAUGGAAUGUGUAUAAGGAGAGUAAGAUCUAAACCAUCAUUCUUUUUAUUAUAUUGAAUUUUUCAAUAUAACUUUAAAUUCUUAUGUUGUCUUAUGUCUAAAAUAGUAAUGCAGCUUCAUUCAAAAUCUAUGUAAGAAAAUUUCUGUAUUCAUCUAUAGUCUAUAGCCAGUUCCAAAUUGUUCAAUUGAUGUAUGAGAUAUCUGUGAAAGAACUGUAGUAGUGCAUAUUUGAAAGAAACAGUGAGAAAUUUGAAAUGUAAAACAUAUGGCUCACAGUGAAAAGAAUUUUUGUUUGUUUGUGCAAUUUCUGUAGAUUUAGACGUUAGAAUGUCAAAACCAGUGCUGUGGUAUGUGUACCACCCACUGAUAAAUUAAAAGAUCUUUCUGUCAUGCACAUAUAUCGUCAAUAUUCAGGCAUAAGUCUCUUAGUGUGGCUUGAUUGUUAUUUAUCUAUCCAGAUAAGCUUAUUUUAAUUAUUUUUGUAGGCAGCACAGGAGUAUGGAAGUCUAUUAAAAUCUGUUAUUCCAACCAAUAGCCACAAAAAAAAAGAGGCCUAUAUUGUUUUAAGGCAUAACUCCUCUUCUGUACAAUACCAGUAUAGGAUAACUUAACAGAAGAUUGCUCACCAAAAUCAUUUGAUCACUUGAGAUGCCUACUAUAUAUGUAUAUGACAAAGAUUUUUUUAUUUGGUCAGUAAUUACAUCUAUAAAAGAAAUAUUUGCCAGUACCUGAAUCUGUUGGGACAUGAAGGAUUUAGAGCAUUGGGUUGAUAAUAAUGUAAUUAUUUACCAUUAGUGAGCAACAUGUGAACUUGUACUUGCACAAGUUUUAUUUAAGUGAGCAGUGAGAGGUUCAUUUUGUGGAGUUUUUGUACAAUGAAUAGACUAUGGUUAUCAAGAGAUAUACUCUAAAAAUGAGGCAGUAUGAUGUGGAAAUUAAUAACAACUUCUUGUAUACGUAUAGUGACAAAGCAGUGUACAUAUUCUCAACUGUUGCAAAGCAUUGUACCAAAAUGCACAGAGCUCCAACAGUAUACGCCAUCCAUAUACGUAUUUUUCAGUGAAUUUGUUGGAAUCCAUAUGUAAUGUUAACAUAUCAUCGUGAAUAUUUUUGUAAGUUUUAACUUUUAGGCCUUAACCAGAUUGUGGAGAGAAGAAAUUUAGGAUUCUCAUCAGCUUUAAAAUGCCAUAAUAGAAUGGUGUAAAGUAUUGUGUUUGUAAAAUUACAGGGUUAUAAGUUAAAGGCUCAAAAACAAUUUCCUACUAAUUAAAUCUCAUUCAGAAAUUUCUGAAACAACAAAGGGCAGAAAAUUAUGACAUACGGAAAAAUAAUGGUAAUGCAGCAUUACAUUCCCCAUUUCUGUAGGAUGGAUUUCAGUCCCCUAUGUCAGUAAUACAGCAGGUAAUCAUAAUUACUUAAGGUUUAUGACUCAUAUUUACAUUAUUCACUAAAAGCAUGCUGAUUUGGAGUCAAUGAAAUAUGUAAAGCUGUAACCUCACUGCGCAGACUAACCACAAAGGAGCUGAAGUAAGAAAUUAUGAGAGCGGUAAUAAAUUGCACUGCAAUAUCUGGCAAAGCUGAUUGUUAAGUUUCUUGUGAAAGAGGUGCAUACGGCAUUUUUCUCAGUACCAUUUAAAGGCAAACUAGAAUGAAUCAUUUCUGGCCCAUAACUUUGCAUGAAAAUUUAAAUAAUAAAGUGAGAAACAGAUGUGUUUAUCGUUGCAAGGAUACAGAAUAUUAAAUUGUGUAAAAAGAAUAUUUGAAGCACCGCAACAAAACGAUUAGGAAUGUAACAUGAAACUUCCAGGGAUAUCCCAUAAUCAGAUAUGUCACUGAAUUUUAAGUAGACAAUUUUAUUGUGUUAACCAAUGAAGUUAAAAACAACACACUGUUACUGUUUGUUUUACUAAUAACAUAGAUGUGUGCUCUAAAAUAUAAUUUUAUCUGAAAUCUGCUUAUUUCAUAAAUACUUGCAUCAAAAUUUAUAAGAGGUACCUUAUUCAUGCAAAGAGUAUAUUGAGAAAUUAAUAAAAGUUCUAAUCGGGGUCCAUAUUGUUAUUUGGCGUGUGUGUGUGUGUGUGUGUGUGG